AUGGCACUUUUAGGUAUUACGGUGGAAGAUGAAGAAUUUUAUACACUAGCACAAGAAGGAGCUGAAGUUGAAGUAGUUGUAAAAGAUCGUAAAGUAAUUUGUUGUGGUAAAGAAUUUAAAUUUGAAUUAUCUUUAAUGGAAGAAAAAUUAAUUGCUGCCGGAGGUGUGACGGAAAUGUAUCAAAAAUAUGGUUCAAAGUUAUUUAGGGCUGCUGUUGCUCCUGAAGGUGGUUUAAGUGGGGGUGGUUGUGGUAGUGAAGCUUCAAAGGGUGAUGGUUGUGGUACUGAUUCUAGAGAAUUGGCUUGGUAA